AUGGACCCCCGAGACCAGACGUUCAUGACGAUUCAUAACCUCACACCCGAUGCCAACAUUCUCUUUGCCUCCGACUCGAUCGUCGACAUCCUAGGCUACCAGCCAGAUGAGGUCAGGGGGAAGUCCGCCUUCGAGUAUUUCCAUCCCGACGAGGUACCCUUUGCCCGUUCCAUCCACAGCAGGGGCGUCCUGCUCGACAAGGCCGCCGUCCUCCAUUACGCACGCAUCCUUGCCAAGAAUGGCCAGUGGGUGAGCUGCGAAUGCUGUUUCACCGUCGUUCACAAUGUGUUGGUGGCUUCUACGAGCAUCUACUUCAAGGGGGAAAGGAGCGAGAGGAGAGCGAGGGACGCGCCUCAGAUCAGGCGGAUAUUCUCCAGCUCUCCACGAGACCCUCGGUACCACAUGCUCGAGCACCUUUCGCCCAAGUUUAAAAUGCCGCCCAUGGAACGGGAGCCGCGAGCUGCCCUCAUCCUCAACCGCUUCACGAGAAACUUGACGAUCAUGUACGCGACAGACGCCGUCACUCAGAUUCUGGGGGUGCGACCGGAUGAGCUCCUGGAGAAACCCUUCUACGAGUGCAUCCAGCCAAACUGUCUUGACGAGGCAGAGAGGUGUUUAGAGAGCGCAAAGGCAAACGAGUCAAUUGCUUAUCUCCGCUUCUGGUACAAGGACCCAAGGGUUGACUCGAACGAUUCCACGGAUGGAGAGGACGAGGACGGGGACGAGGACGAACCGGAGGACGAAGCAGAUGAUGGGAGCAGUCAGGCCCCGAGCGAAGUGGACGUCAAGGACCCAAGCCUAAAGGAUUGUUGCAUGGAUCUUGACGAAGACAAUCAUCGGACACGGGACUCAGACGGCGGGCGCGGGGUUGGAUCAGGCACUUCUCCAAAUGCUGCUAGUUCGGAGCAACAGGGCACUCCCCGCCGCUCGCCCCAGACGUUCGAGCUGGAGGCCGUUGUCUCGUGCACAUCAGACGGGCUUGUCGUGGUCUUGCGGAGAGCACGGCCCCCUAUUCCCGACCCGCAACCCCCGGUUAUCCCGGCCGCUUUCAACUAUGAGAACGGGCUGUUUGCGGCACCGUGGGGCCACCAGCCCAUCGAACCUUACAUAUCACCAGAUUUGCUUUACACGUUCCGCCCGCCACUCUUACCGCAGUACAUGCCGUUGCGGGAAUGCGUCAAAGCGGCAGGCGGGCCCCCUCUCGACCAACUAAUGCGCUCGAUUCGCGACGUGGCCGUCUUUGCUUGGGCGGUAGCCGGCAUCAACCCGACGCUCGCGGCAAACUACGCCCAGGGGCUCCGACCCAGGAUGGGCUUCGACGGCCAACCGCCAGCCGAUGGCCUGCCGGCGUGGGAGGCUGAUUCACUUCCGACCACAUACCCCCCACCCGCGGACUUGCCAGCAGACCUUGCUAAGGAACCGUCCAUGGCUGCGCCUGCGUUCGGCCGCGGCGGGCUCUAUGGACCUGACCCGCCGCCCAUCCCGGGCUACCGCGCCCGCCACGCCUCUCUGGACGCAAACAUGUAUGACAGCAGCCAACAGCAGCACCCGGGAUGGCCCGGGACAUCGUCAUCAUCGUACUCGUACAUGGGCAGCAAUCAUGGGUACGAAACCGCCGCAAGAGGGAGUUACGGCCAUCACCACCGCCGACCGCCCCUCCGCCCUGCCUUCUCGUACGAUGCGCUGUACGACCACGCGCGUCAUCAACAGCAGGCGUAUUCACCGGCGUCCGCACCGGACACCGCGUCGGUCAGGGGGUGUAGUAGUUUCCGGGAGAACGUCUGCGAUGCUACGGCUGUCGGCGAGGCGGUGCCAUCGAGCUAUGGGAUGGUCGGGCCGUCGUCGAGCAGUUCAGGCAGCCAUAGUAGUCGUGGCGCUGGAGGACAAGGAGAUUCUUCCUGGGCGGCCGGAGCUAGGGGGGGCAGGUAUUUCUGGGAUUGAACGGCUCACGGCCGUCUCUCCUCCGCAAGAGGGUCAUUUCUUUAAUGAUCCGCAAACAGAAGGUCGCCUGUACUUCUUCCUAAACCAAUUGUCAUCGGGGAUCACAAACUACCUGGCCUAACAAUCCAUGCAGUUAUUUUCUGGGCCGUUAUGCAAGACAGGGUAAUACGGGACAGGCGGGAAUGAAUAUGGUAAACAGAAAAUUUUUUGGGCCUGGGUGGAUGGGUAAUUACAUUUGAACACCUUAUCUGCAUAUUAUAUGCAAAGUAGCAUUAUUAAUGGCGGGAAUUCGAUUCAUUCAGCUUUCG